AGGGACCUCACUUCUUACCUUGUCACUGGGGAGCCAGCCAGGCCAACGGGAUGCCACUUCUGGAAGCAGUCAUCUUCUCCUGUCUCUGGGCCUUUGGCCUCGGGCAGGUGAAGUUGGAGCAACCUGAAAUAUCAAUUUCCAGAGCAAGAUAUAAGAGUGCCCACAUAUUAUGCAAGGUGUCCACUAAGGACUUUACCAAUGCAGUCAUACACUGGUACCGGCAGAAACCACAUCAGGAGAUAGAACAUCUAACAUAUGUCUUGUCAAGCUAUACUCAAGUUUCUUUAGGUGGGAAGAAAAACAAACUUGAAGCAACUAAAAAUGCUAUUACUUCUACUUCAACCUUGAAGGUAAAUUUCUUAGAGCAAGAAGAUGAGGCCAUGUACUACUGUGCCUGCUGGGCUCUAACCAAUGUGCUAACAGUCUGGGUCAAAAGAUUUGCACAAGGAACUAAGCUCAUAGUAACACCCCCAGAUAGAAACCUUGAUGCAGCCAUUUUCCCCAAGCCUACAAUAUUUUUUCCUUCAAUUGAUGAAAGAAGACUCCAUAAGUCUGGAACAUAUCUUUGUCUCCUUGAGGAUUUUUUCCCUGAUGUUAUCAAGAUAGAUUGGAAAGAAAAGGAUGAUGAAACAAUUCUGACAUCCCAGCAGGGAGACACCAUGAAGACUAAUGACACAUACAUGAAAUUCAGCUGGCUGACCGUGACUGAAGCGUCAGUGGAUAAAGAACACAAAUGUAUCGUCAAACACGAGAUGAAUAAAGGAAAGGCUGUUCAAGAGAUUCUAUUUUCUUCCCAUAUAAAAGAGCUCUCUGCUAUUACAUCUAGAAAAGCUUCCCUGAAAGAUGAAACUGACAACCUGCAGGUGCAGCUCAUGAACACCUCUGCCUACUACACCUACCUUCUCCUCCUCUUCAAGAACCUGAUCUACUUCACCAUCAUUCUCUUCUAUCUGCUUGGGAUACCAGCACUCUGUGGCAAUGGGAAGAGCUCCAGCACAUGGUGGCAUCACGUGUCCACUUGUCUUCAUUGGCUAUUGUUGCCUAAAGCAUCAUCUGAGUAUAUAAUGGGGCAUUCUGGGUUUGGGUUAUUUCAGUUCACAUGUGUCUUUCUAUUGUGUCAUUAUUGCAGAAUGAUUUUACAAACAAUUGGGCAAGCAGAAAAGUUCACUCUGCAGCAAGAACAACUUCUGCCAUGACUUAAGUGUAGGGUCAGGGGGUUAUCCACAGAGGCUUCGACACUGCUCUCUCCUUAAUGUCUGCCAGCUCCUCAGAGCCACCUGUGCCUCUGAGUUUAGCCAACACAGAGCUUCUAGGUGCAUCUUCUGGGGCCCUUUAACCAGAUAAUUGCUUCAAAACCUUUUAUUUUGCACAUAUGGAAACUGACAUCUUUGCUUUCAUAAUAGGCACAAUAAAAACCAUCAAAAAUCUA